AUGCUCCUGUCGCUGACAUCAACGCAAGUGGCGGCUCAAUUCCCUCACAAGAAAUCACCGAAACUGUCGCAGCAAACUGAUAGUGAGUGUAAUUUGAAAGCUUUUUUGAAAGAUCAAGAGAUCAGCUCCGAAUUUUGUCAUUUUAAGAUCAUCUUCAAGUCACAAAAACAAUCAGAGAUGUGAUGUUGGUCAAUAAAUUUAUGAAAAACGGUAUCAGAAAAAAGUACUAAUGCGAAGAAACUGCGAUCGAAAUUAUUUUCUAUUUCGGCUAACUUGAAUUAUUCUUCAAGCCUUCAGCUUGCUUUAAUGAUACCAUCAAAUGUCAAAAAAUACAAAAAAAAAAAAAUGAUUUUCGUUGCUUUCUCUUCAAUAUAUGACGGGAUAGGCUCAAAAUUUUCCGUACAAUUUUCUCUGAGUUGUGUUAUAAUUGAUAUGCUCGAACUUAAAACGUCAAGGUCACUGAGAAAUUUUUCCUAUUUUGCAGUGCAGUGUAAAAGAAUACAUUUCUCUGAAUUCAAAACAGGAGAAGAUAAAGAAAAAAAGAUUUCAUAAAAUUGAUAUUACGCAAGUCAGUUUCAGUCGGUCGCGCUUCAAAAAUGACAAGGAUUGCGUUGUUGCUCCUGCGGCUCUGAAUUUUAUGUUGAAGCAAAUCGACUAUAAAUAGUGCCUCAAUUAUCAAAAUUGUCUCAUUUUUCUGCAUUAUGAUUCUAAGUCAACUUGGAACCUAUUUCUGUCGAAACUGAAAAAUAGAAUCUUUUUAGAAGUUCGCCCGAGCAAAUGCUCGGAGCUCUGUGCGGUUUGCGGUGAUCAGUCUACUGGUUAUCAUUACGAGGUGGCAAGCUGCAACGGAUGGUAAUUCAACCGAAAAAUCAUCACAAGGAAAAGCUCAAGUUUUUUCAGUAAAACAUUUUUCCGUCGUACGAUUGUCUCUGAGAGGCAAUUCAGAUGCCACAAGGAAGGCAAAUGUCUCUUUACCAAAGGUGAUUUUUUCUUUUCUAGUCUCCCGGUUCAAAUUCUGUUGAAUGUUUUUAUUAUUCUCCUUUCCGAAUUUUAAAUGAACCUUCUGAAAAAAAUAUUCCCAUUUACAGACAUUCGCUGUGCUUGCCGUUGCUGCCGUUUCGCCAAGUGCCUGGAAGUUGGAAUGAACCCGAAAGGUUAGUUUUUGUCUUCUCUUUGUUAUGUUCUCUGGAAAAACUUUCUGCUCGACAUUUGCAUUCUCUAAAGCACCAAGGAACAGGAAGAGUCAUCCCUUUCCAAAAACAAACCCGAUCUUUGCAUUUUCCAAGCGAAUGUUGCCGAAGUUUGAUAACGUCUUCGUCAUUAUUGCUCUAGUCAUCAAGUUUUAAGAGCAAAGGCUUCGUAAGCCGGAAAAAAUAACACCAUGGAAAUAAAAAACAAUUCCUGACAUUUGAAUGAAAAAAGGAAAGUUUUGACUAUUAUAAUUUUUCAGCUAUCCAAACAUGUCGUCCAGCUUUCGAGACCAAGGAAAAAUCGACAGUUUCACCUUCAACUUCCCCCGAGGUGAGAAUAGUUUGAUAAAAAGUAUAUUUGUCUGACUUCUGAAAGCAAAGUUUAAUAGAAGAUUUUAGCCUUGUAGGGUGAUAAUUCUGAAAAAUUUUGAUCUUUCAACCCGUUAUCAUUCAAUUCUGCAGGACUGGCGCCCAAGUUCACACUUGAACUAUUCAACAAAGAGCAAUAAAAAAACUAUAAAAUACCAAAUUCUAUGAUCAGAGAACAAUAAAGAAUUGAUGGCAGAUUAUCAACUCCAUCAAAAGUGAUCUUUAAAAAAAGUGAAAAAAGAAAGUUCGGUAAGCUGAAUAUCUUCAAAAUUUUUUUCAAAUCCACGUGUUGAAUUGGUCAAACAGAAACCAAAAAAAAACCGUUUAGCGAAGAGAUUGCAAUGGUUUACCAUCCAAUUGUGACCACAUGAAUUAUUACGGUAGUUAGAAACAGGGAUGCAGUGUUUCCAGAAAAAAAGAAGGCGUGUUUGAAUUGAAAAAAAGGGACAGGUCCAGACUUCCAACUAAAGCAAGAACAGGAAUAAUAAGUUUCAGUGCUCGAAGAAAAGGAGAUACGACAUUUCGUCUCUAUUGGACAUGGCGCCAACUUGCUCGAGGUCAACGUCGCCUUCUGAUUCGAGCACUCGUAGCCGUUUUGAAUCGGUAAGUUGUGAAAAGACAAAGUUGGUGAUAACUCAAAAAUACAUCGAUUUUUGAAAAAAUCUAUAAAAAAAAACAGAGCAAAUUCAGUGUUAAAAAGUUCUUUAGGCCAGAAUUCAUAGAUGAAAAUUACUUUUGGAAUCACGGUUUCCAUUCUUUCUAAGUAACUCGAGAAAAAAGCAAAGAUCACAAUUCAAAGAUCUCAUAGAAAAAAGAGGUCUUUCUUAUCUUCUUCACCCACCUUCAGUCUCUUUCAGUGUUUGAAUUGGGCAAUAAAAAAGUGACACAUGUGACACUUUCCAUGGACUCCUUUUUCUGGAACUUUGAAAAUUGGAGAAUGGAGGAGGGAAUAACUUCGUUGAAAAAUAAAUUAUGAAACUAUUCCAGAGUCUGGUGGAAAUGUGCUCGGAGGUUGAGGAUCGUCUCUCUUACCUGCGGAAGUCAACUUUCCAGCCUUCUUCCUCGCUUCUGGACGUCCUGACAAGGCCUUGUGCUCUUGACAACGUCAGCACCUAUGAUGUGAGUUUGAGAGUGUUUAAGUAUGAAUAUAAUGCACCUUGGUUAGGGUUGCGAUGGCUCAGGUCGACAAUAAUCAAAAAUUUUUUUCUUAAUUAAAGAAAAAAAAUAUUCAACUAUUUUUUUAAUAUAUAUUUUUGCAUGCCGUUUUGAUAUUCGAAAUAAAAAUAUGAGCUUAGGAUACAAAGUUACAAAAAAGUCUUUCCCACGUGUCAAACCAUCUAAGAAUCAUAAGGCUAUGUAUUUUUGAAAUUUUCGUAUUUUGACUUGAAAAAAAGAUUAUUAAUUACACCUAGCUACAAAAAUUUAACCAAUUUUCUUAAUCUCAGCUUCAUUUGAACAUUGAGAUUUGUUUCAGACCGCACCGCUCCACUUCAUUUCAAACGAAGUCGACUUUGAGAAAGAGACCAACUACGCCAUCGAAUACACCAAGUAUUACAAAUGGUUCCGGGAUAUGGUCUUCACCGAUAAGGUACUUUUUGGACAGAAUCAAUAAUGUUUGGGGCAAGUGGAACCGGUUUCCGGUGGUCAAAGUUUGUUCGUUUUGGUUGUUUGGCUAGAAAUUGCAAAGAAAAGUUGGGAAGAGAGAAAUGAUAAGGCACAAAGGACGAUCGAUGUUUCCUUGAAGUGUUUUGUAAAGUAAUGAUAUGAUAAAAACCUAAAACUUGAGGUUUUUUCAAUUAAACGAAAUUGAAAAAUUGAAGUCUGAUCCAAAGUCGAAAAUUUAUUGAAAAAAAUAUUGGCAUGAAAAGAUCAAAAGAUCAAACUUCUUAUUAUUCCUGCCAGUUUUAAAAAAAUUAUCCAGAGGUUCAAAUUUUUAGGACAACUUUUGGUGGAAAUUGCAACAGUAAUGUCAUGUUAAAGCUUUAUUUUUUUUUGGUUCGAGGCUACAAUUUCUGGUAGGGAAGAAGGUUAACAGACCGUGCAAGAUCGAAAAAUCAAAGUUUCUGAUAUUUUCCGAGUUUUCCAUCCUUCAAAGCUAUAGAUCUAGAAGGGGGACGAAACCGACCUAGAUUAAAUUAAGAAGUACUUUGAAAAAGAAAAAACGGAAAAGAAAGAAAAAAUCAGGAGAGAAAGCCUCUUCAUACUGCUUCUAAAUGUUAUUAUCAAAAAUUCGGGAAAAAAAAAAUGAAAUAUUGUCUUGUUAUACGUGUUUUUUAAAGAUUAAGCCUGAUUUUCCAGUUCAUCCUGCUCUGCGAUCGUACUUUGCUUCUGGUGGCGAUGCGUCUGGCCUACAGAAAGGCGACAAACAGCGCUGAAUGCAGAGAUAGCUUGAGGUGAGGAUUUUUUUCUCAGGAACAAAGAAGGUCCUGAUCUUUGCGCGUUUUUUUGUAAUCAAUCAUUUUCGGCUUUAACGAGAGAUAAAACCUGACCCAAAUUAGUGGAUUUUCUUCUUAGAACACUGGUGUGGGAGAUGAAAAUCGAGCUGAAUGGACUUUAUGUGAUCCAUGGAUUUCGGGGGAACCACCAGAAAUCGAAGCUAUUUAUGGAGAAAAAUCAUAAAAGUUAUAGAAAACAGUUGAUUUCUUUCAAUAUUUAACGUUUUGUUAGGAAAAUAAGCCUUAACCUUAGAGAUUGGUCAUUUCCAAUAAAACCUGAAAACCUCAGGAAGUUUUCCAAUCUUACUCUUUAUUCUUCUGGUUUCCAAUCUUUUGAACCCAAUACUUGAUUUACAGCCUCCGUCUGCGGCCAGCAAUCGAAAAAAUCAUCCAGUAUGAUGUGGACCGCGUCUCUUUCGCUCUCUUGAACGCGAUCCUUCUCUUCGAUUGUGGUUCGUCGUUAACUUCUUUUUUUUAUUCGAUUGUCAAUGAUAAGAAGGGUGCAGCCACUUGAAGAGUGAUAAUCUUUUCGACAUCAUUGUGAUGAAAAAAAAUAGAGAGUUUUGAUAAGGUUUUAUCGGCGAUUGUGGGACUGGUCGGAGUUGAAGGAAGAAAAAGGUUUAUGGGUCUCAAGCGUCAGGAACAAGAAGAAGAGAACUGAUCAUGUAUCCCUGAAACGGUUCCAUAAAACAAAAGUUAUAUAUUUUCCCCUAUCUUUUUAGCUCUACUCAGUUUACAAGACUUCACCAAAAGUCAGAAGAACACAGAAAAAGGUCAAAAUCUCGACGCACCGCCACAGCACAAAAACUCAACUUUCAAAAACCAGCUUCAAAAUUUUCUGGCCGCAUGUUGAAUGGCUUUAAGCUUCGACACGCUGCAGAUCGAGCUAGAUUAUCAAAGAAAUUCUCGUGAAGGACAAUUUUUUUUUUUGAAUUUUGAAUGAAUUUUUUUGAAGAAGCACGAUCAAAUUAAUACUAAUUCAAAAGUUUUUCUUAUAAGAUCAAAAAAUUUACCUCAAUUCAAAAGGAAAAGAAACGUUUUCAGAAUCGUUCGUUCUCUCAAACGAGACCAAGGAAAAGCUUCGCAGUGAGAAGCAGAAAUACGUGGAUGCUCUCGGAUCAUAUCUCUUCAGCAAGUGAGUAUAUUCACUAUUCAUUAAAAAAAGUUUUCAUGAAAAAUACAGAAAAAAAACGCAGUCUCCAAAAUAAUGAUACUUUAUCUAACCUUUUUUUCCAUCAAAACCUACUUCUUUCAUUCAGGUAUGGCACUGGAGGACCAAUAAGCCUGGCCAACCACAUCUCCCUUCUCUGCUCGAUUUUGCACUGCGCCGCGGAUCUCCGUACCGAACUCAAUUCCAAGCUUCCCAGCGGGUCACUGACGCGUCAACUCGUUGACAAUAUCCACAACCAACAUGUCUGA